AGAUAACUUCAAAUAAAUGCCAAUAUCGAUAAUGUCUACUUUAUCUUAUCUACCUGCAAAAAAUAUAUUUAAAACUCAUUGAAUAUCUUUCCAAUUACUGUUCUCGCUGAUGACGUCGUCAUUCCAAUCAAAUGCGUCGUUUGUUAGUUUGCGAAGAAGCGACGUCAGGAAUUCCCAAAAAGAUAAACCACUCAUCAAAUACGUUGAUACAGUGGGAUUAGAUGGCAAGGCAGAAUGUGUUCUUGCUUGAGUGAUCCAUAAAAAAUCAGAGGAAUUAAAUUUAAACAGGAUGAGCUUAAAAUUCUCAAACUGCCAAUCCGUAUCAGCGUAGCUCCACCUGGUCUUGGUUCAUCAGCAGCAAUACCACGAUACCGCGAUUACUGUCUUACUCCACCAACUCCAUUAUAUAGUAACUCUUUAAAGCUGUAUAGAGUGUCAGUAUGUACCGAUCGAUCCACAAGCGAGUACCUGCGAAAUACAAAGCUACUUUUUAAAUCUACUUUUACUUUGUGAUUAAUGAUUUAUAAUUUAAAAGGAUGAAACUUUAUUAUUUCUUCAUAAUUAAACUAACGGUGUGUAAUUAUUAAACGUUAUAAAAAAUUUUAACGAGAGUUUGAAAUGGUUUAUGUGAAAUUUCAAAGCAAGUUAUAUUAUUUAUUAAAAUGUAGAAAAGUAUAUUUCACAAAAGAUUAAAUAAGUGGAAUUUAAUGGCAGUGACACGUCAUAUUCUUCAAGAAGAAAAUCGGAUUUUAAGAUCAAUCUUCAAGACAAUAAUCACGUACUUACUUUUAUCAAAAAUAAUUUUUGUUAAUUCUCUCCUGGAACCAGCGUCAAUUAUCUCAAUUUCUUUGAAUGACUCCUGGACUCUAGAACAAUACCCAAAGUUGCCAAGAGUUGGAAAAUGCUGCUCUCUAGAAGAAAUAAUGGCGAAAGACGAGAACGGGAUGGCGAAAUGUACACCAGCGGAUGUUCCAAGUUACCCAAUUUUUUCGCCUUACUUCAGCGACUUCAACAAAACUGGAGCGCUCGCUCCAGGUGACAAAAAGGACAGUUUUGUUGCCAUAAUUGGCGAUCCAUGUAAGCACAAAAGAUAUAUGUUAGAACCUGAAAUAUCGAGUGAUGACGAGCAUUAUUUGUUACUCAACGGCUCUAUCUUUAGUCCACAUCAAGUACCCUCAAUGCUGGCAUUGGGAGUCGAUUAUUGCAUGGACAUUAUUCCUGAGCGCGGUUUAAGGACACUCGUGUGCUUCCAAGAACAAGAUCAAGUGACCGCUGACUUCCGUUUGACUUUCUACGCCUCCGGUCUUCUUAUUUCAGUGCCCUUUUUAAUUCUAACUAUCAUUGCCUAUUGCAUCACACCUAAACUUAUGGAUGUACAUGGCAAAGCGCUCUGUCACUACUGUGGAUGCUUAGCCGUUGCUUUUACAACUUUAGCGAUUGUUCAGUUAGCAAGUGCUCAUCUUAAUGAUCAAUUUUGUGUUUCUAUAGCCUUUGUCAUUCAAUUUUCAUUCGUCGCUUGUUUCUUCUGGCUCAACGUUAUGUGUCUGGAAACAUAUCUUCUGCUACGUAGAUACAUAAACACUGGGAACUGGGCACCGACGAAGCCCAAUGAACUAUUUUUCUAUUACUCCCUGUGGGCUUGGACCCCACCAGCAAUUCUUAUUAUCAUUUCCAUGAUUGCAAACCUGAGCCCGACGGUUCCAAUUGCUUUCGUAAAACCUAAUUUUGGCUCUGAAAGAUGCUGGUUUGAGUCUGAUGUCAAUGCAAUGCCUUACUUCUAUGUACCAGUAGGUCUUCUGGUAAUUGCAAACGUUGUAUUAUUUGCCAUGACUGCCGUAGAAAUAACUCGCCACCAACGAGAACUGGACCUUCGUCGUCUUCGUGAGAACAGAGAAUCUGGACGAGAUGAACGUCGAACUCUGAGCUGGCUGAGGCGGCUCUUUCUUGUCUGUCUGGCUUUGUUCUUCCUGAUGGGAAUAAACUGGGCGAUGGAAGUAAUCUCCUGGUGUGCUGGAGGCGAUCCUCUCACAUGGUCUGCCUUUGACUUUGUCAAUGCACUGCAAGGAAUAUUUGUCUUCGGUAUCUUCGUACUAAGAAAACCCAUAAGGUACCUCGUCUGGUAUCAAGUACAAAAAUUACGCGGUAUUGAUACAAAUGAACCAGAAGUUGCGAGUAUGGAUCGCUGUUUAUUAACAGUUCUCAAUGUUGAAAGGUUUUCUCGUGAAGGAAUAUCCUGAAAUAAUCUUAUAGUUUUUUUACAAAGACACUAGUUAUUUUUUUUAUUUUUUGCUUGGUGCUGAGUAAAAAAAAAUGUGAAUUAUUUAAGUGAA